GCCUCCAUGGCCGAGCUCCUCUGGUGCGGGCGCCCAGCCUCCCCAACUCGGCACCCCUCAAGCACACGGGACCACGGCGCCUCUGCUCUCCCAUCCAGGCGCCCCUUCCCCUAAGCGGAUCCAUGGUGCUAGGAGGAUCUCCUCCUCGGCAGGUGCUCCAACCUGGUGUCCAUGGCGCCAGUGCCCUGCACAGCGUCCCCCUCCCCCAGGCUCCUAGCACGUAGAGCAUUUCUCUGGGUCCAGGCUCGAGCAGCCGCUCCCCUCAACAACUCCCUCAACGCCGGCCUCCUCUGCCCCAGGUCCGGUAGCCCUCCCCAACCAAGGUUCUCCCAUGGUGCUGCUACCUCCAAGAUGGGGCUCGACACCCCAAAGAAAUUCCCCCUGGGCGCUGGAGGCGCCAAGCUCGCGCUGGAGCACGGCAAGGCUUGACCGACGCCCUUUCCAUGGCUGGCUUUGAGGAGUGGGUCGAGCCCCUCUUCUUGCCAUGGCACUUGACCCCUGUUCUUCUCUGCCCCACGACGCCCAGCCUUUCUACAGGAGCAGGCGCCCUCUGCAUCUCCCUGGCGCAGGAAAUCCCCAAGUGCAGGCGCCCAGGACUCCCAUGGCCGCUAGCCUCUCCAUGCAACCGAGCUCCCUUACUUCCCAGCCAUGGACGAGCCUCCGGUGUGCAUCGAGCUCCCCCACGGUCGAGCUCCCCUCUGUUGCUGUGGCCAGCGACUCCUUUAGGUGGGUCUUCAUCCUGUCACGUUGGACACCGCUCCUUUUCCUCAGCCACCGUCGAACCAGCAUGGACCCGAUCUGCGCUGUGCAGCAGCGCCGGUCCACAGCAGUAGCCUCGACAUCCCCUCUACGUCACGCCCUCGGCGUGCUCGAUGUAAUGCCACAGCAAGCAGCAGCAGUGACGCCCUUCGCUGUGUCAAGCUCGCCAAGUCGGGCCUCACGCCGUCGCUCUGCGCAGCGUUUCUGCGUUGUCGUCAAAACCCAUGCAUAUGUCGUCGUCACGCUUUGCGCGUCGUUUCUCGACAGGAAGCCAAACCGACAUGCAUGCAUGCACAACUCCACUCGGGAUUCAGCCAUGUUGUUCGCUUUAGAAAAUUUGUGGUUUUUGUUUUAUUUACGAUUCAGUCGAUGGUGUGAAUAUGUGUGUGAAAAUAUAAUUGCAUGAAUGAACGCGUGUAGAGAAGAAACUGAAGUAGAAAAGAACUCAGACAUUUUUAUAUUUUGAUAGGAAAAUUAUGCGAUGCGUUGUUGAUGUGCAAAACUAAGUUAC